ACAAACCAGAAGGAUCGGUCUAGAAUACUAGAGAGAGAGAAGGGAAGAGCUCUCUAUCAAUGGAAAAACAGAAGGAAACUGUUAACAUUUAUAACUAAAAUCGCGACGGUGUAAGAAUUCCGCGAACUUUGCGUGUUCUUUGGCCAUUUUGGGGAAUCAUCAACAAGUGUGGGAUGGUCUACGUCAAGUUCAUCACUUUCAAGGAGAUCGACGUGAAAUUCGUCAUAUAUAGUCUGUGAAUUCACGGAUUACUAACUUAUCGUGUCAUAAUUUUCUUAGGGUUCAACCGUUCAACUUGAAAUUAUGGCACCUGCGGUUCCUGUUCAUGUGUGGAUCCCUGAAGACGAUCUUCUGCUCAAGAAUGCCGUGGAGGAAGGUGCUUCAUUGGAAGCCCUUGCUAAAGGAGCAGUGCAGUUUUCUCAACAAUUCACUUUAAAGGAACUGCAAGAUCGAUGGCUAUCUCUGCUCUAUGAUGCUGAUAUUGCAUUUGAAGCUUCUGUUCGCAUGGCUGAGAUUGAAGUUUCUGCUUCACACACCCCGUUAAAGUUCAGUAGAUCUGAUAAAGAUGGUGGAACUAUACGUGGUCAUAAAAAGAGGAGGAGAGUAGGAAGCAUUCGCAGUCAAUAUUAUGCCAUGCGGAAGAAGAUGCGAAGUGAGCUCUUGGUAUCACCCAAUUUAGAGUUCUCUGAAACUAUUCUACGUAUAUGUGACAGCAAUGGAGGUGUUUACCCAGGAAAUGAAGAACUUGAUACUGAGAAUCAGCCUCUCCGGGAAUCAGAUAUUGACAUUCUGUGUCAGGCUUUCCCACAAGUAAUGGCUGAUGUCAAUCACGAUGAUGCCUUUCCUUCCAACUUGGUUACAGAUGAUGAUGCAAAUAGGAUGGCACUGGACAACCCUUUGGAUGGAUAUACUGAAGUUGGUUCUUCAUUUCCAGACAAAGAGCCAAUAGCGCCACCUCAACUAAUGCCAGACAGAAAACUCUUUCAAGAAGAUAAUUUAGAGGCAAAACCAUCGGCUUCUGAAUCAAUGGAAAACAAACUCCAAAAUGAUGUUACUGAAAUUGGAGAAACCCUAGUGGAUUCCCACACUGUAGAAGCAAAGGAUCCUUUACAUCCAACAGGAUUAUCAUCUCCACAGUGUUCUUUGCCUGUUUGGAAUGCAAUGGUUGAUGUCUCUGCCCCUGCUAUGCCUGUGACUGUGAACCCUGGAAGUGAAAGACAUAGUGCUAAAGAUGCAGCAGUACUGCAUGAUAAUGUUAAAGGAAUUUCAUCACAGUGUGGCGAUGAGAUCAAUUGCCUUACUACUUCAACUGCCACAACAGAAGGUGAAAAUGCUGAUAUUUCUGAUUCACUUCUGGAUUUCUCAAAUGAUACUGAUAUCCUAUUCAUGGAUGUUAAAGACAAGGUGGAUACAUCUCUGCUGAAUUCUCCUGAGGAUGUUAUUAUGGGUGGUCCAUCCAGAGUUGAAUCUGAUUUGGUUUCAAGUAAUGUGGUGAUGACAGCCGACAGUACAUGCCCCCCGGAUACUGAAUUGAGUUCAAUCAUUGACAACCAGGAUAACACUUGUCAACCAGAAGACAACAUGACUUCUACUUUAGAGUUGAAGUACAAAACUAUUUUGUUUAAUGAAAGGCAUAUGCACUGCAUCUUGAACACUGAAGAUUCAGUAAUCCCAUGUAAUGACGAUAUUUUCUUGCUUAUCCAUCCAGUUGCAUCAUUUUCCUCAUCCGGAGCAAAAUCAUGCAAUACGAGUGGCAUUGGACCUAUCUCAUCUCCUAAUAAGAAAGAUAGUAGCCAAGGAACUAACUUGACGCAGAAAUGUGAAGAUCCUGAUCCAUUCAUGUCGUCAAUGGCUCUAACAACAAAUGUCUUGGUAGAAGUCACUCCACUUCAAACAUUCUAUGACUCCAGUCUGAUGUCUGAUUCACCUGACAAAAGCUGUGCCCCAGCAAUUUCCCAACAUGCUACUGUCAUUGAACCCCUAAAUCAAUGCAGACUAGCUCACCUAGCUCCAAAUGUGGCCUCAGAAAGUAAACAAGUCAAAAAUGUUGAGAAAAUUGUCUCCGGGGUUACUGUUCCACCAUUGGUUUCCGAAGUAGCCCCUGAUGAAUUGACUAUUCCAAAUCCUUCAUCCUCCGAUCAGGAAGAGCUUGAAAGUGAUGAUGACAUUCCUGGUUUUUCAGAUAUCGAAUCUAUGAUACUUGAUAUGGACUUAGGGUCCAAUGACCAGGAUUCUCAUUUUACUAGACAAGUUUCAAGGUAUCAGCACGCGGAGUCCAAAAGGAGGAUCAUGCGAUUGGAACAGUGUGCACAAUCUUCUCUGCAAAGAUCCAUGGAAUCUCAAAGUGCCUUGGCAAUCUUUUAUGGUCACCGGUCAAAGUAUUUUAUUAGGAAAACUGAGGUUUUGCUUGGAAGACCAACAGAAGACGUUGAUGUUGAUAUCAACUUGGCACAGGAAGGGAAUGCUAACAAAAUUUCAAGACGGCAGGCAAUCAUUAAGAUGGACAAAGAUGGCUCGUUCUAUUUGAAAAAUCUUGGCAAGAGUUUAAUAACAGUGAAUGGAAGAGAAGUUGUUUCAGGACAGUUGAUUAAUCUCCGUCCAAGUUGUUUGGUUGAGAUCCGUGGUCUGAGUUUUGUUUUCGAGAUUAAUCAGAAGUAUGUCAAGCGACAUUUGAAGAAUUCUAAUGUGAAUCAGGUAACAAAGAAGGAAUGGAAAUAAGUGGAAGAAGGAUAUGAUGGGGGAGAUUCUGCAGGAAAUUGUUGUAUAGACCUGCUUGGUCUUUAAUUGGGAAGAGGAGGAGGAGGAGGAGAAAGAGAAGGGGUUGUUAUAAUAAUAUCAUCCUUGUAAACUGUUUUGCCUUUAUUAUUAUUAAUAAUAUUAUAUGAUGGCAACUGAUAGUUAGUUGAAUUUAUUAUACCUUAAAUUGUGUAGGCUUCUUUUACAGUAGCCUGAUUGUGUUUUCUUUGUGACUUUGUUCUUC